AUGGAUAUCAGCUUCUUUGAACAGAUGGCUACGUUCGCGGCCAUGCGAAGUCGAGAGGAUUCAGGAGUUGAGAUAGCUGGAAGCUCAACGCGAUCCCCCGAGACCACACCACGAGCCCCAACAACACCGGAGCGCUCCAUACCGGCCACCUCGCGGCUCUCCACACCAUUGCAUCCCUCCCAGAUGCUCACCUCUCAGACUGUACCCAAGAUGCACCGCUCUACGCCUGCCAUCCACGAUGCACAGCUACCUCAAGGCUUCCGUCGCCACGAUCUGCCAAUUGACAUUUACCAACAAAAGCGAACUCAACUGAACCAUUCUGCACAUGUUGAAAACUCUGAAGCCGCAAAGUUUCACCGUAUUGUUGAAUGGGACGGCAACUGGCUCUCGACCCUGUCUCUACCACAAUCAGAAUACUUUCCGCACGUGACUUAUCUCGGGACCACGUUCCCGAAUACGUAUCCUGAAGACGGCGAGCUUGCUCGUAUCCAGCGAGUUUGGCUAGCAGGGCCCGAGAUGGAGUACGGACUGGGAGUUGAUCCGUUUGAAGCCGUGGACUCUGAUCCGCUUCCCGAGACGGAUUUCUUUGAUUUCGUCAAAUACUACGGUGAAGAAGGCGAGCCAGAACAGACGGUUGAAGAGCAGAUUGAGUGGCAAACGCAGUCCAAGAAGUUGAAAGGCAUGCUCAGCCGUGCCACGGGAGAGGCCCUCCUGCGCGUCGAGAAUGGUACGCACACACGGUGGGUGAAUCAGAGAUAA